AUGUACGCGCCGGGAUAUACUCCAUAUGUUGCUCAUGGUUCCCCGUAUGGUGCCCCAAUGUAUGGAUCUCCGUAUGGAUACGGAUACGCGUCGCCUGCCUAUGUGCAACCAGUUGGACCACCAGUUUAUGCUGGACACGGAGGAUAUUAUAAUGAUGACUGCUGUGGAUGCUGCUGUGGAGGAUAUUACUACUAG